GAUGACCUCCUCGACAACCAUCCUUCUUCUUCUGGCUCUGGUGGGCUUCUCCUCCGGAUCCUACAUGUCGCAGGAAAACUCUGCAAAGCUGGCUCAACUCCACCUCAAUAUGGUGCUCCUGGCCUCAAGCUCUCAUGAAUAUGGAAUGCUUUACGAGUUGAUUCCAAGAGGAUAUGACAUUGACAGAUUCCUGCAAGACCAUCCAAAUUCCAUCACAAAAGUCACCGUCGAGCAAAUGCAACCCAGAGAGCACAUGAUGCCUCUUGCCUCUUUCGAGACUGUCAAUGGACAAAAGUUCUACGCAAUGUUCAAGCUCACUCCGAGCUCAUCAAGCCCAACUGGAUACGUGUUGUCAAAGGGAUUCAUCUGCCACAGCACCUUCUGCGCCGGAGAGUUCCCAUCAGUAUAAGGAUAAAAUGUUCAUAACCAAUAUUGAAUAAAAUUUGAGUAAUGGAAUUAAA